CCCUCAAUCUCCACUUACCAGUCACCACCAUCCUUCUCUCUCACGCUACAACCCAAUACUUCCUCUCUCUCCUAACCACCACCUCUCAAAACCAAAUGGCUUCAACCAUGGCCCUCUCCUCACCUUCCCUCGCCGGAAAGGCAGUGAAGGUUGCCCCAGCAGCCUCUGAGAUCUUUGGUGAGGGCCGGGUUUCCAUGCGCAAGACUGGUGGCAGGCCCAGGCCCGUUUCUGGCAGCCCGUGGUACGGUCCUGACCGUGUCAAGUACCUCGGUCCUUUCUCCGGUGAGCCACCAUCUUACCUCACCGGUGAAUUCCCUGGUGACUACGGCUGGGACACUGCUGGUCUCUCCGCUGAUCCAGAGACCUUUGCCAAGAACCGUGAGCUUGAGGUCAUCCAUUGCCGCUGGGCCAUGCUCGGCGCCCUCGGCUGCGUCUUCCCAGAGCUCUUGUCACGCAACGGUGUCAAGUUCGGUGAGGCAGUGUGGUUCAAGGCUGGUGCACAGAUCUUCAGCGAGGGUGGCUUGGACUAUUUGGGCAACCCCAGCCUGGUGCACGCUCAGAGCAUUCUUGCCAUCUGGGCUUGCCAGGUUAUUCUCAUGGGUGCAGUCGAGGGAUACCGCAUUGCUGGUGGCCCUCUGGGAGAGAUCACUGACCCUCUUUACCCAGGAGGCAGCUUUGACCCACUGGGUCUCGCUGAUGACCCAGAGGCAUUCGCAGAGCUGAAGGUGAAGGAGAUCAAGAACGGUAGAUUGGCCAUGUUUUCAAUGUUUGGAUUCUUUGUUCAGGCCAUUGUGACAGGAAAGGGUCCAUUGGAGAACUUGGCUGACCACCUUGCUGACCCUGUUAACAACAAUGCUUGGGCUUAUGCCACCAACUUUGUUCCUGGCAAGUGAGUGAGAGUGUGCUUGCAUUGUACAUUAUCUGCUACUGUCUGAGAUGUGUAUCACCACUUUGUGUAUUAUUAUUACAACUGUUUGAACUUUGAAGAGUUGUUUGUUCCUUGUUAGCGUGUUAAUUUGUGGCCAAA